UUUGAGUAAAUUGGGAGCCGAAAAUUGUCUGGCUCUGUUAGGAACCAAUUUAUCAGAGGAACAAGUUAAACUUUUAAUCGGAUUAAAAAAACGAAUUAUUCUUUUUUUGGAUAAUGAUAAAGCCGGACGGGAAGCCACGAUUAAUGUAGCCGUAAAAUUGCUAGAACGAGAAAUUGACUGCGAAGUAGUGAAAAAUGAUUAUCCAAGCGACCCUGAUGAGCUUUGCCACCAAAUUGAGAAAGAAGCCAUACUAAAUAUACUCAAUCGCCGAGAGAAUCCCUACUCGUUUAUCCUAAAAUAUUACUUUUUCAAAUUAGAAGUCCGAG